UAACUUCAUCCUCCUUGCCUGCCUGGCACAACGUCGCAUCGCAGCAGUCCAACACAGGAAAUCCGUGUGGGGCCACCACUCCUUCAUUGACUCAACAUGAAUAUUUUUCUAAUUUAUGGAUUCAGCGUCCUAAUUAUUUCUGCACAGUCACGAAACUUGGGUGGGUUUCCAGGCGAUGGUGUGGGUAGUUCAUCAUCAGAUUUCGCCCAUCAACCUGAAGACGUUAUUACACCGUCCACUCCUCCCCUCUCUUCACCAUGGUCAGCAUGGAUGAAUAUCAAAGCUCCACCUGUAGCAUUUCUGAAACCAAGUAAGAAAGUUUUUCCACCAUUUGGGGCGAUUUCAACCCCGGUGUCGGCUCCAACCGAAGGCGGAGGACUGCAGGAGGCACCAUGGACAUCGUGGAUGAAGAUCAAGGCCCCUCCACUUGUGACAUCUUAUUCUUACGGCAGUCCCCCACAACUUGCGCCACAACCUGCCUCAACCCCAAACAUUGAACCACCAUGGGCAGCUUGGACUAAUCUCAAAUUAGGAAGCUUGAACCCAAUAGCGGCAAAAAUUAAAAUUGGGUCCAGUGCAGAAAGCAAACCAGAAUCACUCGUCACUGAUGUCCCAGCGAGGCAGAUUGAGACGGCGACGCCUGAUGCUGAGGAAAAAUUAUUACUGAAAUGGGCAAAGAAAAUUUUUGCAUCUCAAAAUAACAAACUUGAACAAACAAGCAAUAAAAGUUCUCUACUUGAGUCAGCAUGGGAAGACUGGCAAAAAUUACAUAACAAAUCAGACCCCAUAAUAAUUGAUCCCACUGCACAAGCCUUAGCUUCAGAUUUGCCUAUUGAAACAUCUGCAACGGAUCCCAGCAAACUUGUCUAUGUUUUGCAAACACUUGGAAUUCCGCCCGUUCAAAUUUCAGAUAUUCUUACACCGUCCAAUGCAGAAAUAUCGGAAAAACUAAAAGAGUAUGGAGUACCACCAGUCGUUAUUAAUAAUGUUCUUACACUUCCUCCUGAUGACAUUACUAAUGAACUGCUUAAAAUUGGAAUUCUACCACCACGAGUGUUACAAAUUAUGAGUGGAGAACCGAAAAAUAUCCCAUUGGAGUUGGCAAAGCUUGGAAUUCCUCCAGAAAAAAUUCAAGAACUUGUCACACCUCCAUUGGCAGAUAUUAGGGCAAAGUUGGAGGAGCUUGAACUACCAUCUCCAGAUAUUGAUGCAAUUUUAACUCCAACUCCUGUAGAAAUAAUGAAAAAACUGGAAGAAGCUGGAGUUCUUGACAAAAUCAUUACAACCGAGCCUCUAACUCCAAAAACCCCGGAAAUCCUAACAGUACCACAAGAAGCUAUUGCAAUCGAACUCUUAAAACUGGGGAUCCCACCUCUAAAAAUCUUAGAAAUCCUAACUGGCCCUCCGGAAACUGUUGCAGUUGAACUAUUGAAAUUUGGGGUACCUCCAACAACAGUCUUUCAAAUUCUGACAUCCACACCUACCGACGUUACAAUACCCGAUUCCACACCUGUGACCCAGGAUAUUGUACCCACCAGCGACGCUACAAUCACUCUUCCUCCCCCGCUUAGCAAACCCAUCCUAAUUUCACCUGAGCUUUUAAUUACGGAGCUACAAAAAUUGGGAUUGCCUUCCAAAGAAAUAGAGACGAUUGUUGUACCAAAUAAAGAAAUUCUCUCCACAAGAUUACAGGAAUUGGGGCUUCCUGUUGACGAAGUAUCCAAAAUUCUGAUGCCUUCUGUUACGCUUCUUGAAUCUGAUCUGGCAAAGCUGAAUAUUCCAGCUGAAUAUUCAAAACUACUAGAAAUCAUUCCUAACAUAACAGCAAUUAUCCAAGUUCUAGAAUCAUUCAAAAUGCCACCAUCAGAGAUUUACAAAAUUCUUCAACUCCCGGCAGCGGACAUUCCGAUAGCUUUAAAAUCAAUUGGAUUGCCACCGGAAGUUAUUUCGGAAAUAGUGACCAUCCCAUCCAUUGAAUCAAUUGCUACAGAGCUAGUUCGAGUUGGUGUUCCGCCUGACGAAAUUUCAAAAAUUAUUACACCAAUGCCUGAUGUAAUUAUACACAAGUUGACAGAAAUUGGAAUUCCUGCCCCCAAAAUUUCUGAUUUAUUUACUCCAGCGUCCGAACAAGUGAUAGCAGAAUUACAGGCCAUAAAUGUUCCCGGACCAACGAUAAUGUCCAUUCUUUCUAAAGUAGUUGUACCAAAAUUGGCAGCACCGGAAGAAGCCGUUCCUCAAAUUCUAGACAAAAUUGUCAGCGAAUUAGUACAGUUGGGCAUACCUUUGACCAAAGCAGUGGACAUAGUGACAACACCACCAUAUCUCGUGGGAGUUACUUUAGAAAAAUUGGGCCUUCCACAAGAAAACAUCACACAACUGCUGACACCACCCCCAGAAACAAUUUUGCUGAAAUUGCAAACAAUUGGGGUGCCCAUCCCUAAAAUAGUAGAAAUAGAAUCCCUUCCGGUUAAAGAAAUUCCGCUAGAACUCUACAAAAUUGGAAUACCUCUUGAAGAAAUAUCCAAAAUCUUGACACCAACUCCACAAGAGUUAUGGUCAAGUUUGCAAGAAACGUUAAAUUUGCCCCCACCCAAAAUAGCCGGAAUUUUAACAGCCCCUUUAGAAGUUGUGGUCCAAAAAUUAGUUGAAAUUGGAGUUUCUCCCGUUAAAAUAGUCCAACUUGUAGAACAAUUGACAGAUGCAGUCCCAGAGCUCUUGGACGCUCCAGUCACUGCUCCAAUUCCCGAACCACUUGUAAAUUUACUUCCACCUGCAGCAAUUUUAACAGCCCCCUUAGAAGUUAUUGUCCAAAAAUUAGUUGAAAUUGGAGUUUCUCCAGUUAAAAUAGUCCAACUUGUAGAACAAUUGACAGAUGCAGUCCCAGAGCUCUUGAACGCUCCAGUCACUGCUCCAACUCCCGAACCACUUGUAAAUUUACUUCCACCUGCAGCAAUUACCGAUAUUAUCCAAGAACUUGUUAAAUUGGGAUUGACUCCUGAAGAAGCCACAGAAGUUAUAAAAUCACCCACACCACCGACAUUUGCUACAGAAGCAUUCUCUCCUCCAGAGAAAGUUGAAUUGACAAUCCCACAGCUACAAGAAUUAAUCCAAGUCGUUCUUGAAGAAUGUCGAAAAAAAUCUAAAGCUGUGAGGCGAACCACAUCUCGUAAAAAAAGCAAAUAUGUUGGAAAAAAAUCUGGACUUGCAAAACCACAGUCUGAAAAUAAACGAGCCCUGUAUCCACUGUCGAUACCAUCACCCAUCAGCGGUGAAAGCACCACGAAAAGUCCUUUUGGCUUCAUUCCUUCCGUAAUGUGGGAUCUUGUUCCAACUGUUGCACCUAAUGUGUCCAUAAUUGACCCUGGAUACUGGGCUGCCAAAAAGGCGAUGUUUAUCUCUAAACUAUUCGACGCUUUAGCUCGAGUGACCAUGAAUUACACGAAUACAGAAACAACCACAGAAAGUCCAAAGCAGCAACUCAUGAAAAAAAUUGACACGGUUCUGUUGUCCGACGCUGCUCGCUCGGUCAAAGGAAACGAUGACGAAUCAGAAGAAAUGUCUACCAGGGACGAGGAUUUGGUCGAUUCUGGAGAACCUGAAAACUUACCCAAGGAACCCGACAACCCUUUGCAUAAGCUUUUCAAGUUUGGAGUGCAAAAAACGAUUUUAUCAGAUAUCAGCUCAACCCCAGUACCACCACUCAUAUCUAAUCCAUCAACUCCAGUUCCAACCACUACUACUGCAUCAACCCUGGAACAACAAAAGGUCAUUCUAAAUAAGUUAAAAAAGCUAUAUCAAAAUACUCGCGCAUCGUAUAAGAAGUCAAAGAACAAAUCAAAAAAGAAGUUGCAUGGCCCAAAAACUACCGUCAGUCCUAUUGAUUUUGAAGAACUUGCAAAAGCACUCCUCGUACAGCCAAGCAAAUAAAACAAUUUAGCUCUACAACAAAAAUUUCCUGCAGAAAAUCUGUGUACGUCGUGGAACCCUGUGAGUUUACUGAUAUGUAUGUUGAAUGCUGAUAGUAAUCGUUACACUGAUCGUUAAAGUAGUUUCAUGUUUUUUGAUGAAAAUAAAACUAAUCGAUAUUGCAAUGCUUCUUUAGCAGUCGAAUACGGAUGAGUUAAUUAUCUAGUCAAAAAAAGUUGUAAAUAAAUCUAAGCUAAAACUCGUCAAAAAACAGUACAGAAUAGUUUAUGCAAUAUUAUUAAUAAACCGGGGUAAAAUAUUUGGUUAGUUUAGAAUAAGAACACAGAUCGUUCUUGUAACAUUUGACACUCCUGUUCUUUAUUUUAUGAAAAAUAAAUGCUAUACAACAACUAUAAAUAAA